GACAAUGCCCCCCAUUUUCCGCGACUGAUAUAGAUGUCAUUUGACCAGAUAUGGUGGUGCUUGUAGUUUGUAUGACUGGUCAAAAGUGUGCAACCACAAGCACACUUUCUCAUUUACGCAGCCUAACUCUAUUGGGAAUUUGAUCACUUCCAUGUCGCUUCGACAAGAGGGUCGCAUAAAACUAAUGAGUUGACUCCCCAAUGAUGUUAUGUUGCAGUUUGAAUAAUUCGGCUGGCAAAUGGGGGCGUUUGAUUGUUUCGAUAGCAAGUAACGUGUACAACCAGAUUAGUGCUGUAUGUAUGAUGUCAUUUGGAUUGCGACAAAAUCAGCACAGGGGUCAAUAAUUCUCUCCAGAAAAAAAUGCAUUUAUAUUAUUGCAAUCGGUUCAUGACCAGUGUCCGCAUCUUUCCGUGUGUGUCGCUGCUGAACGCGAAAGUAACGUUGUUACAAAACGUUUGCAGGUGGAUGUUACGUAGCUAAACGAAACAAGCUAGCCGGGUUGUGUUCAAUGGUCUCCUCCUCCGCCUCCAGACUAAGUUUUAUUUGGCGACACUUUGUCAACAGUCGGAUGGGCGACAUGGCCUCCAAGGCACAGAUGCCAACCCCGGAAAAAGCGCUGCCGGGUCGGAGCGAAGCCAUCGAAGUAGCCGCUAAACACGACGUGAACGGCAACCGGACCGUGCCGCCGUUCCCGGAAGACACGCAGACGGUCGUUUUCGGGAUGGGCUGCUUCUGGGGGGCGGAGAGGAAGUUUUGGCGCCAGAAAGGCGUUUAUUCCACUCAGGUGGGCUACGCCGGAGGGUACACGCCCAACCCCACCUACCACGAAGUGUGCACGGGCAUGACAGGCCACGCCGAGGCGGUCCGAGUGGUCUUCCAUCCAAACCAGAUUUCCUUGGCCGAUCUCCUCAAGGUCUUCUGGGAAAGCCACAACCCGACACAAGGAAUGCGUCAGGGCAACGACGUGGGUACGCCGUACCGCUCGGCGAUCUACGCCUGCGACCAGCAGCAGCUCGAGGAGGCCAUCGCGUCCCGAGAUCAAUACCAAAAGGUUCUGACCGAGGAGGGUUUCGGAAGCAUCACAACAGAGAUUGCGGCGGGCAAAACCUUCUACUACGCGGAGGACUACCACCAGCAGUACCUGAGCAAGAACCCGGGCGGCUACUGCGGGUUGGGCGGGACUGGAGUCUCCUGUCCAAUAGGAAUCAAGGAGAAGGCCUCGCCGGCCAAUCCCAGCUAAGGAUCGUCGCGCUCGCUUCAAAACGAUGAAAUUGGGUUUUGAUUUUGGAUUUCGCGGGGGACCAGGACAAUCUGUUUGGAUUGGGGCUAGUGUAGAGCUCAUAUUCACAAAUCAAUGCUUUUGAGAAUGUUGUACAGUUAUACACAUCCGGAAAAUGUAAUCAAAUAUGCAUCAUCCAGUCACCAAAACGUUACUUUGAGAGGAUAAUACAUACAAAGCUGUUCUAAAAUAACCUCAUUAAAUAUACAUUAGAUGCAAAUCCCAAUUUGUAUAGCACAUCUUUCAAAUAGUUACGCUAUACAAAAAGAGAACUGCGAUGGUGGAAAACCCCCCCCCCCAAAAAAAAAAAAAAAAAAAAGUCAAACCCAGUCUAAGACUGUUCGCCAACUCUGAUCUCUGAGGGGACACUACAGCUCUGCUUACCUUUCUGCUUUGACAUGACCUGAAAAUGGUUAUUUCUUUCUGGGACUGAGCUUGGGUGCCAAGUUAGUGGUGGAGAAAUUUGCUGUGGGACUGCUUAUUAUGUUUACUCACCCACCAGAACAACUUUAUUGCAAAAGAUGAAAGAUUUAUUUGGUGAUGUAAUUUCACACUUGAUGGCUAGGCUGGCACGCAACUAUUCGUAUACGAGACCUUAAAAAAGUGCGAUUUUUCUCAGCAUGCCGUAUGUCCACAAAAACUUUCCUCAAAAGUUGCAAGUGCAAAAUAACACCUCGUCGUGCCGGCAGAGGGCAGCAGAGUAGCGGCUUCGUCCCUCUCCAGCGCAUCUCUUUCCUUGUUGGCACGAGUUAUUUUCCCUUCUCUCCAUAAAUAACUUUGCAUUAUUAACACGUGACCUUUUGACAGCGGCCGUAAUUGGAACGUCUGUCAUCGCCGUAAUGAUAAUCACCAGUUGUGAAUGAUCGGGAGGCUGCUGAAAGACGGCGGCGAUAUUACCGCGCUUUCCCCGUGAGAACAAACGCAGAAUACAUAAAUCACCGCCACAAGAUGGAAUGUAAAAAAAAAAAAAAUUAAUCCUCGAGAUUUGCGGAAGAUAAAAGCCAGCAAAUGGAACGAGUUGGACUGGUUUUUUUUUUUUUUUAAAUUGGAUGUCACACAAAAACGCUUCCGAGUGGGAAACGCUUAGAUUUGUUACACAGGAGAAAUAUUUUCUUUCACAAAUGAAAUGAUUUUUAUUUGCUCAAGUUCAAGCUUGUUUGAAACUCGCGACCGCGUCGCUUUGGACUAGAAGCCGUCAAAUUACUCGUAUUGUAAAACUAUGUGAGGUGACAUGCAAACACAUUUUCGGUCUUCGCGCUUAUCGUUUGUCCGAAUACGUAAAUGGACAUCCCACAAUGACAACAUGAAAAUGUUUUUGCAAUUUUUACAGAUUUGUCAUAAUGUAUAUAAAAGAAUGAAAGUACAUAUGAUAUAUUUAGCUGGCUUACUAAAGUAUAGUCACAAAUGGCCAUUUAUAUAGUGGCCUGAAUUUUCAUUUUUUUCUCCGUGGAAUGUGACUUUUGGGCCAAAAAUAAAUAGAAAAAUAGAUUCA